AUGGAUUCCGGCGAUGCGCCUGAACGGAUUCGCGAGGAAACGGGUUCUAGGAGCAGAGACGGCCUGCCUCAGCGUGACGCGACUGGAGCAGGUCCAGAUGCUAAUCGCCAUGGGGGAGACCGCGUCCUUACCAAGCGCCUGAAGGAUGAAUCGCCUGACACAUCGGAGCCACCGCCGUCACGGCUGAAGAAGGCUGUGGAGCUGGAGCCUCACCCCGCUCAGAACAGAGACGAGCAGUUCGUCUGGCCCUGGAUGGGAGUGUUGGUCAAUGUGCCUACUGAGUGGAAAGGAGGGCGCCAGGUCGGGGAAAGUGGGAACCGCCUGAAGGAGCAGCUCUUGGCCUUUUGCCCGCACAAGGUCAUUCCUUUGUGGAACUAUAGAGGCCACACCGGGAACGCCAUCGUUGAGUUUGGAAAAGACUAUGCUUCUUUCUGCAAUGCCUUCAAGUUUGAGAACCACUUUGAGGCAGAAGGACAUGGCAAGCGGGACUGGGAGCAGCGCAAGUAUCAAGGGCGCGAGAUGUUUGGAUGGGUUGCAAGGGCUGAUGAUCAGAGAGCCCCGGGACCGAUCGGGGAGCAUCUGCAGAAAAAUGGUGAUCUGAAAACCGUUGCAGAACUUGAGAAUGAAGGAACGCGCAAAACCGACAAGCUGGUAGCUAAUUUAGCCAGCGCAAUUGAGGUAAAGACCAAGCAUGCCCAAGAACUUGAAUGCAAGUACAAUGAGACAACCACCUCACUUGACAAGGUGAUGGAAGAAAAGGAGCUGGUCCUCCAGAGAUACAAUGAUGAAAUCCGCAAGAUGCAGCAACUUGCUCGUAGGCAUUCUCAGAUGAUCCUUAAUGAGAAUCAGAAGCUUCGUUCGGAACUGGAGGCGAAGAUGCAGGAUCUUGAAUUCAAAUCCAGGCAGCUUGAUGAGCUUGCUGUGCGAAGUGACUCGGAUAGAAGGAACCUUGAGAAAGAGAAGGAGAAGAAUGAGAUCAAAGCAAAGUAUCUUAAGAUGGCAACGUCGGAGCAACAGAGGGCAGAUGAAAAUGUGCUGAAGCUUGUGGCAAAACACAAGAGGGAGAAAAAGGCUGCUCUAGAUGAGAUUAUCAAGUUAGAGCAGAAACUGGAUGCCAAACAGAAGCUUGAGCUAGAAAUAAAACAGUUGCAGGGAAAAUUGGAAGUGAUGAAGCAUAUGCCAGGUGAAGAAGACUCUGAAUCAAAGAGGAAAAUAGAUGAACUUAGUGCCGAGCUUCAGGACAAGUAUGAUGAAAUGGAUGCAGUGGAAGCACUCCACCACACUCUGCUUAUGAAGGAAAGGAUAAGCAACGAUGAGUUGCAAGAUGCUCGGAAGAAGCUAAUAGAUGGUCUGCGGGAUGUUACAACUGCCCGAGCAACUAUAGGCGUUAAAAGAAUGGGUGAUCUUGACCUGAAAUCAUUUGCUAAGGCUUGCAAAGGUAAAAUGUCAGAAGAAGAUGCAGAAGUAACUGCUUCCAUUCUUUGUUCAAAGUGGGAAGAGGAGAUUAAAAAUCCAGAAUGGCACCCUUUUAAAGUUAUCAUGGUCGAGGGCAGAGAGAAGGUAGAAAUUCUCCGUGAGGAUGACGAGAAGCUGCAGGAACUGAAAGAAGAGCAUGGUGAGGAAGUCUAUGGGUUGGUGACAAAGGCUUUGCUUGAAGUGAAUGAGUACAACCCUAGCGGCCGCUAUUCCGUGCCGGAGCUGUGGAACUACAAAGAGAAUAGGAAGGCAACCCUGAAAGAAGUGGUCCAGUACGUGCUGAGGCAGUGGCGCACACAGAAGCGGAAGCGCUGA